CUGAAAGAGAGAGAGAGAGCAGCCGAGUGAGCGACAGAGAGAGGGAGGCAGAUACAGAGCGUAAGAGAGAGAUUGAAGCCGAGGAGCGAGGUAAGCUAUAGCAAGACAGCUUAAAUAUAAAAGUGAUCUAGCUAUCCUCCCCCUUUUCCUUGUCUUUCUAUUUCUCCUCUCCCACACUGUCCCGUGCCACCAAUUUGUUUGCAGGACUGCCUAAAGCCACUGCCACCUGCUCCUCCUCAUCUUCCUCCGCUACGGCUCUUCUCACGCGUUACUAUCCGACACCAGCCAGUGAGGGACAGACAGGACAGGCAGCAGCUUCCAUUUUUAACACUCCAGGAGAUUUAACUAAAAGGCGUCGCCAGGCAGGACCUGCCCCCACAGAGGCAACCCCUCUCCCAGCCACUCUCCGUCAGACGAACCCUGCCUGCUCUCCGGAGGACCAGCAGUGAUACAACACACCAGUGUGGACGGGAAAAAAUAAGGGACCUACAGUCAGAGAGCCAAGCCCCAGUACUACUAACACUCGUCCGCUGCCUCCGUGUAACCAUUCCCUGCCACGGCGCUAAGGAUUCUAGCUACAUGGGCAAGCGAUUGGAACAGCAACCAAUGUACCCUCAGUACACAUACUACUACCCCCACUACCUCCAGACCAAGCAGCCCUAUGCUCCACCCCUCCACCCCAUGGCUCCACCCAGCCCCAGCCACAACAGCUGCAGUCACGGCGGAUCCGAGCAGCUGAGUAAAACUAACCUGUACAUUCGAGGCCUGCCCCCGGGGACCACGGACCAGGAUCUCAUCAAGCUCUGCCAACCAUAUGGAAAAAUAGUGUCAACUAAGGCGAUCCUGGACAAGAACACCAACCAGUGCAAAGGAUAUGGCUUUGUGGACUUUGAUAGCCCGGCUGCAGCACAGAAGGCGGUGUCGUCUCUCAAAGCCACCGGGGUGCAGGCUCAAAUGGCCAAGCAACAGGAGCAGGACCCCACCAACCUGUACAUCUCCAACCUGCCUGUGUCCAUGGAUGAGCAGGAGCUGGAGAACAUGCUGAAGCCCUUCGGUCAUGUCAUCUCCACGCGCAUACUGAGGGACGCCAACGGGGUCAGCAGAGGGGUCGGCUUCGCCAGGAUGGAGUCGACUGAGAAAUGUGAAGUGGUGAUACAGCAUUUCAAUGGGAAAUACCUGAAAACCCCACCAGGCAUUCCAGCCCCCAAUGAGCCUUUACUGUGCAAAUUCGCUGACGGAGGGCAGAAGAAACGCCAGAGCCAGAGCAAGUACCCGCAAAACGGGCGGCCGUGGCACAGGGAAGGCGAGACUGGUAUGCAGUUAACAUAUGAUCCUGCUGCUAUGCAGAACGGGUUCUACUCCUCGCCUUACAGUAUCGCCACCAACCGCAUGAUCGCACAGACAUCCAUUACGCCCUUCAUCGCUGCUUCCCCCGUCUCCACAUAUCAGGUCCAGAGUACGUCAUGGAUGCCUCAUCAACAAUACGUUAUGCAACCUACAGGUGCAGUGAUCACCCCAGCCAUGGACCACGCCAUGUCCAUGCAGCCUGCCAACAUGAUGGGCCCGCUCUCCCAGCAGAUGAACCAUCUGUCCCUGGGCACUACAGGAAGUUACAUGACUGCUGCGGCUGCCGGGGCGCCUAUGCAAGGGACCUACAUUCCUCAGUACACUCCUGUGCCUCAGACAGCCGUCCCUGUUGAAGGAGUGGUCACGGAUGCCUCUCCUCAGUCAGUGGCUCCCUCGUCGCAUGACAUGAGUGGGCAGCAGCAACAGAUCCAGGUGGACGGGUCCAGCGACCAUGUUGCUUACUCAUACCAGUCCAAAUAGCGAUGGGCGAGGAGAAUAUUCCUGUGACAGCAUUACCUUGAGACAGGGGGGUUGGCUGCACUGAGAAUGUGGAGAGAAAAGCGAUUGCUUCCAGAUUGCCCAGGCACCAAAAAAUAGACACUUUUUUCAUUUCCGACCUGGCCUAAGAGAGAGACAGAGACAGAGAGAGAGAGGGAGAGAGAGAGGAGGA